GUCAUCAGUCAACAACAGUUUUGUAGCAAAGCCGAUCCUGUCUUUCCGUGUAGAGAUACUUCACUGAAUCGAGACGUCCCGCGGGGAAAGUUGACCAUCCUGUAGUUCUAAUAAUAACUCCUUGGCUAUUUUAGCAUAUGGAUGACGGAGGCGUUUUGCCUUAAGGAUUCCAAAACAGCCAUCGAAAGCAGUGAAUACCUUGCCGCUGUGUCAGUAACUUCCAGUUUUGCUUUCGUUAUUAAAGGGCACGGGAGUAAAGAGCGCUAGUCUUUAUGCCGGGUUUAUUGAUCCACGGAUUGAUCGAACGAAUGGCUCCUCAACGUCUUAGCUGCAUUCCUAUGGUUGGUGGAAACUAGCAGUUGCCUUUACAUCAUUGAUUGCCGAUUGGGCUGCGUGGACUGGAACUGGAGCCACAGAUAGGAAGCAGAGGAAUUCUUGCGGCGUUAUUGAUAUCCGUUUUCUCUGCUUAGAGUUCAGUACGUAAGGACAAGCGUGGUCUUCAUGAUGUGUUAGGUGACAAAAUAGCUCAGCUGAACAUCCACAUCAAUCUGACAACCACAGCAUUAACUGAGUAAAAUAGCCCUUUGCUAUUGCGUUUGAGAGACCAUUAGCCUACUAUUAGCCGAACUUGGAUCUCGCUUAUGAAACUCACAAGGAUGGAUAGGAACACGAAGGAGAAACUGGUCUUUCAUGUCAUGGAGUUAAGGAAUCUGGUAGAGAACAUCUAUGAUCUAUUCCACAAACACAGAAAUGGACUCGUGCAAGAGACCAUACCCAUGCAUGACGAAGCAUUCAACUCAGUGGAAAAGUUUGUGGAGAACUUCAUGCCCAUGAUCUUGUCUUCGAUAAAUCUCCCGAGGCCGUUAAAUUUCAAGUCCCCUUUAAGUGAAAAGAACUUCUCCACUGAAUCACUGCGAUUUCUGUCAGAUCUGGAACAAGCCGCCUACCACCUCCGACAGAUAGAGUCAGGGUUGGAGUACUACACGCGAGGACGAGCUGACAUCAUUGGCAACCUCGAGAGAAUUGUUGUCUCAUGUAAACAGACAAAGACCAUAUUACUUCAAAGGGCAUCCGAUUUGAAUAUAUCAGCAGAGGCCUACGCGCUAUCGGUUGGCGAGGUACCCCCAGAUGGUUAUUUUGAGCAGAAUGCCUAUUAUCUCGCAGUACUAUACCAUGCGAAAGUUCAAACUCAAAACAUGCACAAUACGUGUCAAAGGCUAUAAACUCUCGGCAGGAGCGAACGUUUCAGCGCAUGAACAAGACGUUUCUUUUUGCAUUCGAAGGAUGGAAGUAUCCGUUCGAACAAAGGAUACUAGUAGACACAUGCCGUCACAAUCAUGAACUUCGAUAUUGAGUGCAAUGCCUAGGGCAAGUCGUAUACUACUAACUCAACCUCGCGCAGGCCUCAGAAUCAAAUUGGCGGAUCCGUUGAAGGAAUCGCUGCAUUCUGAUCAGUGUGGUCCUUUCAGAGAUUCUCGAAAGCAAAACUUAGGGUAAAGUUCAAUGGAUCGUCGAAUCAAACGUUCAAUCAGCAUCGAGGGCGUGCGGACGGCUAUAUUAGUGUUGAUUCCUGUCGAAUUUUGGUUUCGGAAAGCGGCGAAUGACGUGUGUGCUUGCCGCUAAUGAUGCGCGAGGAUCUCAUACCGGUGAUGUGGGGGACUCUUUCUCCUUAUGUGAUUUGCCAUACCAAAGCUUAUUGAGACCAUUCGUCGGCCUUCCGGUCUAAUCGUCCUCCAAUCAGAAUGAAAUAUUCUGCGGGUGGGCCAAUCACUGGGCUUGGGGGAGAGGGGGGGGGGGGGUUCGGUCUCUUCUGUUUAGGUAGGGAAUGAUGGGCGCCCUGGUUAUAUGGGGGUGAUCAUCUUUGCACGCAUGCCAUCACAUUGGUAAGCACGUCUACCCGAACUAGAAGAGCACAUGCAGUCCCCGGUAAAGCUUACAUGUAAUGAUAAUAAAUAUUGAUAGUUUUGUAGUUGUCCUUCAAUAAUAAUUUAUAGA